UUUGCUUUUGCUAGCGCUACACAACGUAGAUAUUUCUCUCUCUCGACUUGGUCGGUCUUUACUUUUCAUUUUGAGGCGAAAAGAUCUUUUCUCAUUCUUGCCACUUGCAUUUUACUAUAUUUUGUACCUCAACAUAAGGUACUGUAUCUUUCGACAAAAACAAACAAAAAUAUCACCCACCACCACUUAAUAAUAUUGAUCUUUGAUCGUGAAUCGGUUAUUUUUGUGUAUCUUUUUUUGUGAAAUAAAAAAAAGAAUUAAAAUCAUUCCAUAAAAAUGGGCUGCGGAAUAUCAAUGGUUAAAUAUAUUCUAUUCCUCUUCAAUCUUCUUUGUGCGAUAUGCGGUAUACUGAUGAUAGUUGCUGGUUCAAUGCUUUUCAGCAAUGUCAGCACCGUCGAUGAACUUUCGGAGGCUAUUAAAGUGCAACAGAUACCAAUCACACUCAUUGUAUUGGGAUCUGUUAUCACAAUGAUAGCAUUCUUUGGAUGUUGCGGAGCCUUACGUGAAUCUUAUUGCAUGUCAAUGACAUAUGCGUGCUUCCUGUUUGUUUUGAUGGUCGCUCAAAUAGCUUUGGUAGUUUAUGUGUGGAUAUAUAAACAGGACUAUGUAAACAAUAUGGGUCAAGUUGUAGAUAAAGCUUGGAGUCGUCGUACUGAGAAGGCUAAUUACAUGGAUGCUCUUCAAAUUGGUUUCCAUUGUUGUGGAAAGAAUGACUACAGGGAUUAUACUUAUCAAGGAUAUUUCCCCACAACAUGCUGUGAUGAUGCUAAGAAUUGUAAUUCUGAAACUGUUUAUAAACAAGGUUGCAAAAUGGCAUUCAAGAAUUUCUGGGAUAGUAACAGCGAUUUGAUUAAAUAUGCUGGAUUAAUUGUAGCUGCCAUCGAGUUUGUUGGAUUCGUAUUCUCCUGCUGUUUAGCAAACAGUAUUAACAACUACAAACGAAGGUCUGCAUAUUAAAAGACCCAACACAUAGAUGUUAAACAUCAUUUAAAUCUUUUCUCAAUUCACAAGAUUUAAUUCAACGAGGUGCUUACGAAUUACAAAUUUUAUUAUAAUGUAUUAAUUUUAUUAAAAAAAAAAA